AAUUAUUUGGAUUGUCCAGAAUUUAAUCGAAUCUGGUUUAAUUUAGCUUCUUUUGAUGUGUUAUCAUGCUUUCUUCAGUGCUCCGUUUUUGCUUAAUUCUGGUUCUAGAGUUUAAAUUUUAAAAAAUGAACUUAGAAGAGUUGAUCUAGGAGAAAGAUAAAAAAAAUAGGAUGAUUAGAUUUUUUAAUAAGGAUUUCUAGUGAGUUUAAUUUAGUUUUGUUUAUUGUGCUCCUUCCCUUCUUUUUGAAUUUUAAUCUACACGGAUAACUUUUAUUUCAAAACUAAAAUAUAUAGGCACAAGAAGGAAGACUAUCUUAUUUUGUUAAAUCUGAGUUUGUUAGUUAACAUGUUUUUGUUUGUUUUAUGGAAUCCUUUAGUUUUGUCACAAUUUACUUCUUUUGAUCUUUAGAGUUGAAAUUUCAAAAAAUGCAUUUGGAAAAUUCAUAUGGUUCCUUUUACAGAUUAACUUAGCUUGUUCAAAAUUAUUUACUCUUUUUUUUCUCUCUUCCUGUUUUCCUUUUUGGUGAUUUCGAAGUUGAGAGAUGUCACUUUGUUAAACUUUAUUUAAUUUAUCUGGUUGUUAGGCAGAAAAUGGGAGUCUGUUGAAGGAUUCCUUUGAGUUCUUAUUGAGCUGACACCAAGAUGAUGCCAAUUUGUUCUGCCACCCCAAGUUGUUCUUCUCAUUCUCAGAUUUCAUUCCAUGGAGGUCUGCGACCCUCUUGUCCAUUCCGGAAUGAUUUUGACUCCAGAUGUAUUAUAGAAGACAGAGUUAUUUUAGGCUUGCCAAAUGGAACUCAUCUGCAAAGAAUUUCCUUUAAAACCCAAGCUGCAAAAUCUUUGUACUCCCAUGCUAAUGAUUGGAGUUCUUCGGUUGGGGAGAAACUGGAACAUGCAGAAAGUUAUAGCAUAUCAGGUGCAGAAGAGGGGCUAAUGGACUUUACUGGUCAGUCGACUGAUAAUGCAGAUAGUUUAACAAGUGCUGUGGAAUCUGAUAUCAUGUCAACUAGUGUUAUGACACCAGAAAAUCCCAGCACAGUAUCUGACUCGGGCAAUGAUUCAUUAUCUAGUGUGAACACUAGUUUUGGUGAUUUUGUUGAUGGGGUUAGGGACUCCUUGAGCACUUCCAUGAGUAAAGGAGAAAAUGCUUUGCAGAACUCACUAGAUGCAAUUACAUCAUCAAUAACGUCCAUUACAAAAGGUGCUAAUGAAACCGUGGAUAACGCCUUUAGUAGGGUCUUUUCAGCUGUAGAUCAAACUAAAGGACUGACUAACAAUAAAUUAACUACCUUUUCGAGUGACUUGAAGGAAGCCACAAGUAAAGCAGCAGUCUUUUCUGGUGAUGUGUUGAGAGGUACAAUUAUUGCAGUGGAAAAUUCCAUAAUAAAAGGCGCAUCUUUCGUAGUUUAUUCUUAUGGUUCUGCCAAGGAACUUCUUCCUCCAGAGAUAAAGGAUGCAUUGAAUUUAUUUGAAGAAAAAACUGUUCAGAUAUUGAGGCCAAUUGGUACAUUUUCUCAACAGUUUUACUCUGCCAUUGAGGAUUUGGAGAGAAAUCUUGGCCUGGAUCCAAAUGAUCCAGUUGUUCCAUUUUUUCUUUUCCUUGGAACCUCAGCAACCCUUUGGGUUUUUUAUCGGUUGUGGGUAUAUGGUGGUUAUUCUGGGGAUUUAUCUCCUCAAUCUACUUUAGAGCUCUUGACAGGGAAGGAAGAUGCUGUACUCAUUGAUGUUCGGCCUGAGAUUCUGAGAGAGAGAGAUGGAAUUCCUGAUCUUCGGCGAGCAGCUAGGUUUCGCUAUGCAAGUGUAAAUUUACCAGAGGUUGAUGAGCCUGUACGAAAAUUGUUGAAGGGUGGAAGAGAUGUCGACAACAGCUUAAUUGCUGCCGUUAUUCGCAACUUGAAAGCUGUUAAGGACAGGUCCAAGGUCAUAGUUCUGGAUGCUGACGGUACUUAUUCCAAAGGAAUUGCAAGGUCCCUAAGAAAACUUGGGGUUAAGAGAGCAUACUUGGUUGAGGGUGGCUUCCAGUCUUGGGCGAAACAAAAUCUCAGAGUCAAGGAGCUUAAACCUGAGACAGCGCUAACUGUACUGAAUGAGGGUUCUGUUGCAGCAUUGUAUGCAAUACUAGAGUGGGAGAAGACAUUACAAUUUAUUGGUGUGCUCGGCCUCGCACAGAGUAUUUAUCGGCGGGUUGUGUCAUAUGAGGGCCCUGAAGAUUUUAGGCAAGACGUCAGGUUGUUGCUUGCUCCUGUAAGAAUUGGAGCUCAGGCAAUUUCAUGGGCUGCCGGAAAAUUAGAGACCAAUGGCAUUGGACUCCCUACAUCACCUUCAUCUUCAGAUGUUCAAAACCGGGUUCUGCAAGCUGCUGCAAAGCAUGAAUCUCAACCAUCUGAUACUGAAGGAGUCCAGAAUCCAUCUUCUGAACCAGUUGCUCCAAUAAAUGAGAAUGUAGAUUUUUCAGAAGCAUAGGUGUUUGAAAUGUAUUGAAGUAUCAACUAAUCUUUACAAUGUAGAAAGCGUAAUAAACAUCCGACUGCCAGUCAGUGACUGGCCUCCUUGAAAAUGAUUUUUGUACAUUAUAUGAGAUCAAUCAAGCAAGUUUGAAAAA